UGGGGGCCGCGCCGGGUAGCGGUUCUCGGCUGUGCCUGCGGCGGCCCUGGCUGGAAGAGCCUUUCGUCAGCUCCACGGGGACCUCUGUGCACGGAUGGACCCGCCCGGAUCCGGCGGGAAGCGGCCUGGCAGGCGGCGGGCCCGGCGGCGGCAGCAAAGGCAGGACGGGGCCAAAGCCACGGGUCCCUGAGGCGUGCGGGCCCAGCGGUCCCGGCGGCGGCACCAUGAUGCCGGGCGAGACCCGCUCGGCGGCGCCCGGGACGGCGGCGGACCUCUCGCGGUGUCAGGGCUGCGCCUCCCUGCAGCAGAAUUUAAAUGAAUAUGUUGAUGCAUUAAUUACCUUGAAGCAAAAGAUUAUUAAUACAGAUAAUUUGUUAACAGAAUAUCAGAAGAAAUGUGAUGAGCUGCAGUUUGCAAGAAGAGAGAAUAGUACCCUGCAUCACCAAGUGGAACAGAUGCUUCAAAAAAUUUCUCCUCUGCAGAAAUGUCAGGAAGAGCUGGGGUCGUUAAAAGCAGAACUAGAGGAGAAAAAGAGUUCUCUUAAGUUGUAUCAGGAAACUCAUCAGGAAUAUGCUCGUGUAAAAGAAGAAUGUUUGAAAAGUGACGCUCAGAAGAAGAAACUAGAAGCCAAGGUGAAGAAGCUGGAAGAGGCUGCUUUCAAGCAAAUUCAGGACUUCAAGCAACUGAGAAAUGAAAAGAAAGUACUCGAAAAGGAAUUUAAGAAGACACAGGAAAGACUUGAUGAAUUUUCUAAACAGAAAAAUGAAAAGGAGUUGAGACAUAUUGGAACACAAAUUUCAAGUGAUUCAUAUGGAAGCAUAGAUAAAAGAAAAGUCAAACUGCUGCUGAAGGAACUCUGGCUCUGCAUCAACACCACGCACAGGCUCCCCCCAGGUGAAGGCAACAAGCAUGGCCAAGAAAAAUCUGCCAAAGAAAACAGGUGCAGAGAGUCCAUGGAAGAUGGCGUGCUCCCUCCUGUACGGCACAGUCCCCCAAGAGCUUCAGAUAUGCAGGCGUGCUUAGCAAAAUUGUCCGUGGAGAUUGAUGGUGAUUUUUCUGCACAUAAGAAUGUGGACCAAGAGAUGCGCGGUGGAGCCAGUGACAGUAACGAGGACAGAAAUCCUGAGACUGUAAUGCCAAGUCAGAACGAUGAGGAGAGCAUUGACUUUUCUGAUCACGACCCUUUUUUUGAUGAGGAUCUUCAAGCUGCAAUUGACUUCUUCAGACUUCCCCCUCCUCUUCUGUCUCCUGUGCCCUCACCCCCUCUGAUGGCGUUACCACACCUGGGGCCCGUACCUUCCUCGCAUGAAGCUGAAACCUACUUUGGCGAGUAUACAGAUUCCAGUGAAGAUGACUCGGCUCAACAACAUAAUUCCGCUGAACCUGAUUUAGAAGAUGACACAGCUGAAUCACAGAACUAUUUUGGCUUAUUCAUAAGAAAUGAAGGAAGUGGCACCCUGUUCAAACAGCCCGCGUCACACGAAGCUCCCCAAGCUCCAAACUCGUCAGGAGUCAGUGACGCCACGGCCGCCGCGGUCAGGGCCUUGACACCAGGGCCGCGAGAACCUCCAGCCACGCACUCUUUGGCUAGUGAAAAACACCUGAGCACGUCAUCUCAACUCACCAAUGUUAAAAGAGAUAUUUUAGAUGACGUAAAAAGACAGAUCGAGGUUAGGGAGGUGGAUAAAUCUGUGCAGACCGAGGAAACGCUUGAUAAACCCACUAGAGUUCUGGGCGUCGAGAAGUUACCUGGCAGCCCAGCCGACACUGGGCGGUCAGCAUUGUGUUAUUCUCCCCUUAGCAAGAGGCCGUUAAGUGAGCUCAUUGAAUCUGGAACCCUCUUAUCCAAAAUAAUAGGAUCACCUGAGUCUGAGUUUACUAGGCGAACACUUGCUAAUGAAAUCACUUCAGCGUCAGAGCGUGUACGGACGAUUUCUGAGCUCUUCCGCAGAGUGUCCAGAGAAAUGGAAAAGGAAAGAGGAGGCGCACGAGGGCUCCUUUUAGGGGAGUUCUCUGAAUCCGAAGAAGAAAGUGCAGGCGACUCAACGGACGCAGCAGGGCUCGAUGUUGCUGCUGGUGUUUCAUCCUCUUCUACCUCCGGAGCGCUGUCGGUUGGCAGUGGCCCCCCGUCCUCCUCUCGCUUAGAGCAUGAUCCCGAGACACACGGUCCGGCCGGAAGAGUCUUUCCUGACAUGCCUCAUUCCAAACGAAGACCAGCCUUGGCAGCAUCGGGCCUCUUCAGUCUGCAGUCUGAGGUUGCACCCGAGUGUUCUAUAGGCAGAAACGAGCUGGACGAGAGCUUGCAUGCUUUGCACCCCGAGUGGGAAGUGUCUGAUUUCAGCCAUCGGAGUAGCAGUGAGGUAGAACGUACAAAAACUGUAAAAGACACGACGAAAAUAUGCUCACUUCCUCAGUCAGUAUUUAUGAAAGCUACAAAAGGCGGGCAGGGUGAAAGCAAAGGUUCUCAAACUGAGUUCCCAGUAGAUAAGUCGGAGAUCCCACCUUCAGUAGAUUCUCAGGGCAGCUUGGUCAAGAGCGGCUUUGGUUUUGUUAACAGCACUUCGUGGCACCAUAGUGAUUUAUUGAGGAGAAGUGGGGAAGGAAGCCUGAGAGCUAAAUCGGAGUAUGAACAGGAGACUAGCCGUCAGUUAGGAAAGGCAACGCCGUUGUUAGAAGAUAGAGGAUCAGCACCCAGACUUGAGCUGCCUACAGAACAUAACAGUCCUGUGCAGUUCAAGGCCGCUUCACUGCUGCCCAAUCAAGUGUCAGUUAUCACAAAACAGGCAAGACCUGAAAAGAUCCAAAGUUCCGCAUCAGAAUACUCCAGACUACACCAGGGUGAGCCUGCAGCAGCAACAGAGAAUCUUCCUACUGGAACUGACCCUCUGGCGUCUACAUUAGAAAGUAAUGGAGAAAGAGAGGACAGAACACAGACAGUCAAGGAGGUGACCUCCACAGAAAGGACUUCACCAGGAGUUUCCCCCUUGCGGAGACAGUUAGAUUUGGAUUCUCCAAAUAGUUUUUUACCAGCAGAAAAUUCUCAUUGUUCCACAAGUAGAGGAUCAUCUUUCUCUUUUGAAAACAUCCCUGUCCAACACCAAGACAGUGUGGUGAAAGCUUCCACCCAGGAGGAGCUGCAGAAACGAAGUCAGCCCCUCCCUGCCACAAAUCUGAACGUCGAUAAACUUACAGCCACAGAAGUGACGGCAUCAAGAGUCUUUCCCUCUGAGGGAAGACUCUGUGGAGACACAGGAAGAUCUGAUAGUGAGGCCCUGGCUGCUUCAUGUGGUUCUCCUGGCAUACUGCAGAACCCUAAUGAGCCUUUGAAGCUGAAAUCCAAAGCUCCUAGUGGUCCUUUUUCUGAAGGUUUUGCCACCACGGGUACCACUUCUCCUUCAGCAUUUUGCAGAAAAGAUGAAGAGAUGCGUGCUCUUACCCAGAGUAGACUUCCUGGUACCUUGUAUUGCUACACAGGCCUUCGAGAGGGGCUUGAGGAGGACACUGAAGCGGAGGAGAGUGAGGCCUUGAGCUGCAGUGAGGGUGAAAAUGAGAGUGGACUCGCGGUGGGGGGUGGGCAGCAGGACAGCGUGGACAGAUCCCUGACCGACUCAGCAGACGCAGAUGCUGGUGGUCCUGAGACGAGGCCUUCCAUCGAGGUGGGUCAUCUGACCUCCGCACUGCAAGAUGUGGACAUAAAUGCUCUGUCUGAGAUAGACAGACUUUCUACAUUGGAGGUUGUCAGGUUCCUUGAAAGUUGUCAGUUAAGGGAUUAUAGUUCAGGGGACUCCCUUUCAGAAUGUUCUAGCAAAGGAGCCCUGAACAAGGAAAUGAGCAGAGAACUAAAGGAAAGUGAAGUACCAGGAGCACAGUGCAGGAAGCAGCACUCUGAAGAGGAAGCAGUCGAAACCUCCGAAGAGUCACUUGUGUUGGAGGAAGAUGACUAUCCUUUGGGAAACACGAGUCCGCUUCCUGAGUGUUCUUUGGAAGCACUGUCUGAGGUUCUUACCAAGAUUGGGCCAGAAUUUCAAGUACAUUAUGAGGAUGCUGAUGCUAAAGAUACUGAGGAUUUAUUGCUCAUAAAUAUGCAUAACAGCAUGACAGCUGAAAAUUUAGAAGCUCCAUGUCAGGAGACAGCUAACUCCUUGUCACACGCUGUACAACUACCACCUCUAACAAACCUUGUCACUAAAAGCAGUCCUCCCGUCAGUGAUGGAUCUAAUGAUGAAAGCCUUCAAAGCACAGCUGAGGAUGGUUCAAACGCAGCUGGGCAGGUGGAGGGUGGGGAGGAGGUCCUGUUGACAUCCGUGGAACCAGCAUCUCUGUGCUCCGCCUCAGUAGCAGAGCAGACGCCUGAGCAGGGUUCCCGUGGAGGGGCUGAGACAGCAUUUCAGUGUCAAAUAUCGACCGUGACGUCAGAAGUUAUCAACGUGCUCAUAAGUAAGGACCAAAAUCUAGUGAUUGAAAAGGGGGACAACUGGACAAUCAUAAAUGGUGUGGCUGUCAUGCCAAGUGUGGACCAGGUCAUACUGUGUGACUCUCCUGAGGACACCCGGAUUACUCAGGAUCAGGAAGGACUGGAAGCUGGUUUCAUUGCGGUUGCUUCAGCAAAGUCCCCGGAAACCCCUCGGACGGGCUCUCCGUUCCAGGGGCCUCAGUGUGGCAGUCAUACUUCACGUACCCCGGAGGAUGGCUCGAGCAGUGGUCCAAGUACCAACUUUGAUAAAAGUCGUCUGCGGAAUAGACCCGUUAAACCUAGUGUGCGGAUUAGUUCUCAAAUAUACAGUCAAGAUUUUGAGUCUCAGAUUGUUGCGUCUGAUCACACGUAUUAUAACUCGAAACUUGAGCCAUGUGUCAAAAAUAAGAAUCGAUCAAAAAUUUCAAACAAAGAUCAGCUGACCAAACUGGGAAAGACUUUAGGAUCAGGCAGAGUUGAAAGUAAUCAGAGUGAAGUUUCUCAGUCAUUUUCCGGGGAGAGAGGUAAUGCAAAAACUCAGAGAAAUCAAACUCAAACCGUCCUCGCCAACGCGGAUACGUCUACUCCUCUGGAGUGUUCCGCUGACACGCUGAGUAAGAUACGGCAGGAGGUGGGUCCUCCUUUGCCCCCUCUGCUUGCCCCUCUGGUAGCUACACCUCCCAGGACCCUGCAGCCAGUUUCUCCUCUGAUGUCCAGCUGCAGCCCUUCCUCUCCAGCCUCUCCUCUUGGCCAGAUUUCUCCCUUAUGUGACAUACCAGUGUCUCCUAUGAUGUCGCCUUUGCCGGAAGACGCAGGGCACACCCCUCCUGCCUGUGCUUCUCCAUCUCCAUCCACCAUGCCGCCCAGUGAGAGGAUAUUGUCCUCUCCUCUGCAGUUUUGUGCCACAACACCAAAACACGCACUUCCUGUGCCUGGCCGACUCCCCCCACUGGCACCUGGCCAUCCUGCUGUGGCGGGUGCCCAGGAGAAUUCCGUUAAAAUCCUUGACACCAUGUACCCAGAGUUAUCUGCCAGGGCCCGGACCCUCAACAUCCUCAAAGGGAACAUUCAGCUCAACAGAGGCCCGCCUGCUGACCCUAAGAGUUUACCAGGGCCUGUCAGUGCCAUAACGGGGUUCAAAGCCAUCACCUCAACAUCAACGGCUUUUGUGAAGACUGGGGGCAGUGCCACUAGUGACUGUACCCAAGACAAGGCAAGAGAUUUGGGGGCUCAGCGGGACUCCAGUGGCAAGAGGACAUUGUCAGCGUCCACGCUCCAGAGUGCUAAAAGAUUACGCCUAGACAGUGGGUCCUCAGAAUCAGAAACCCGGGAAGCCGGGACAGAAGGAAUCGGCAGAAACCUCCGAAGGAACUGCCCUCAAACUGAAGUUGUACCAGCAAAUGGGGAAAGAAGUUGUUUUGUUCCAACUGUCAAUACAGUUUCACAGUUGCCUUUAAAUGCGAAAGAAACUGUGGAAUCCCAGGAUAAAACCAUAGCUAACGCUCUGAGGAAGAUUGCAGGGUCAUCUUUUGACCUGUUACCUGUGAUUCGUAGCCAUGUGUACGUGGGGAAUAUCUCCAAAAAGCCCGUCAUGAGGGAUCAAGAGAAGGAAGUUGUUUUUGAAUUUAGCACAACAAAAAAGCAUUUGGCAGAGCGCUUGCUUCACUCUAUCCUCUCCGAACUGAACGUUCAGAAGACAUCCACGGAGGACCACAAUUACAUCCACGCCCUCUGCAGAGUGUAUGUGGGCAUUUGUCGCCAACUUGGAGACUUGGAAAGAGCUCGCCUGUUUUGCUACAGCAUCCUUAAAGAAGAUUUCCCCGAGUCUGACAAACUGACUUUAUUUAUUGCAAACAUGUGGCACGAUGUGUUUAUCUCCCAAUCAGUGAUUAAUAAAGCAAUGCAGUUAGUUGCCAGGCAGCGCGCUAAAGGAGAGGUUCUGAACUGCUUGAGAGCUUUUCUCAAUUGGGAGAAGAAUGCUCCUGUAGAUGUCGGCUUCAUGGUUUCUAAGCUGCUUUUGACAAUACAGUUAUGUCCAAAAACAGAAUUUCAGUCGAGUGAGAAGUUUGGUGAAGACCUGAGUGAUAACACAUGGGAAUACAUAUUUGCCAUUGAUCUGCUCUGCUGCCAUCAAAAGUGGAUUUGGACACAUGACAAUAUCAUAAGCAAGGAGCUGUGGCCGGUAAUGGACAAAUGGAUAAAGUACAGGAAAGGACACGUGAACGUCGGAUAUACCCCUGAUAUUAUUAUAGCGUCUGUACUGAGGCUCAUUGGUCGUUUAGGCCAGUUGGGUUUGAAGGAAGGGUUUCCAUCUGCUGUGAAGAAUAUCAGCUCAGUUAUUGGGAUGUUCAUACAGCAUGCUCAGGAUGAAGAUAUACCAUGGGGCGUACAGUUAGCAGCUGUCUAUGCGCUUUGUGACUUGAGUCCCAGCAAUCCAACAGAAAUAUCCAAGAUCCUGGAAGCCUGGCGGAAGGAGGCCUCCCAGAGCAUCCCGGCUGCGAUCGUCAGCUAUCUGGAGGAAGCUGGCACAUUGUGCAUGGAAGAGCACAGCUAGGUCCGGGGGUGUCCCUGUGCCCCGAGAAGUGCCUUCACAGUGUCUGAGUGCCCACAGAUUACUGAGCUCUCAGAUCUAAACAGAGGUUUGAAAAGAAAGGCAUAAAAGAGAGAAAACCACAGAGACCGUCUUCAUUGCUGGGCAGGGAGACAGGGAGGGACGAGCAGUCUCCUGUCUGCCGGUCGCCUGGCCGCGCACAUUUCACAGAGGCUGCUGUGAUCCAUGGCAUGGCUCAGCUUGCUGUGUCCUGGUCCAAUGGCGGAAACUUGAACUUAGCCCUUUUGUGCUGCAGAAAGUGUCCUUUUAGUGGCUUUUUAAAAUCGAGUGACAUUUUAUAAUGAAUUUAAUAAUGUAAAAAUGUGAUUUGGUUCCCAAACUAUUUUUGGACUCUGUGCUCACACGAUUGACUAGAGAAAUUAAAUCCGCUAGCGUGGUCUUCUCCUAUCUCUGCUAGAAACAGGCCCCCAGACUCCUUCCUGGGUGUCCUGAGGGAGUGGAACCUGAGCCCUCCCUCAGCAGAAACCCUCUGUAGCGCAUCUCUCCUGUCUUGAAGUUCCUUAGAAAUAUUUAACACGUGUCAGGAGGGGGCCCGGACGAGCCUCAGCUCCCUGCAGGUCUGUGUCAGUGGCGUGUACAUAAGAGAUUCACAGACGGCCCGAGCGCGUCUGUGUCCCGUGUACAUAUGGGACAGUGCUAUAAUGUGCUUCACAUUGGAAGAUAUUCCUCUUUCGGAAUUUUGUAUAUACAGAAUGGGUUUAAUAACUCACCGUGGUCCUGAUUUGUCAUAUAUUCAUCGUUUCUUAAAACUCUUGUGUUUUUUUAUAAUAAAAAAGUAAAAGUGAACCUUGCCCGUUACUGUUGGGAUCAGCAAGUGACACUGGCGUUGCGUCUGCUCGGACACGGGAAGGGGACGUGCUGGCGAUACAGACGUCACGCUGGCCACGUUGAAGCCGUUCUCAGGGUUUUCCACGAUGCUCCUUAAGUGCUGUCAAGUACUGUUGAGUGGUUGGUCCUCCACUUGGAAUGUUCGUCUCUUUACAGUUGCUGCCCUUUAGAAAUUACGUUUGCAGCUAUUAUGUUACUCCUCAUCGUGUUUUUUAACAACAGCAAACAUAAUUGAAAUUUAUAAAUUUAUAAACAACUCUGUCUUGCCCUUUUGGAAGCGUCCUGAUACAUUUAUUCAACAAAUGCUUAUUGAGCGUGUGCUCUAUGCCAGGUACCUCAUUCGGACUGGCUGUUACAGUGUUGAACAAAGCCGGUGGGAGCCGAGUUCUCCCAGAGCUGCAUUCUGUUGAUAGAAAUCCUAAACCAUCACCCCAAUAAUACAGCCAUUGUGAAUUUGCUUAUGUUGGUCAA